AUGUCAUCGCAAACUGUAUACCAACACAAAAAGUUCGCUGUUAAAGUUGAAGAUUAUAGUCACAAGAAAUUUGGCAAGCAUGAGGAGUUGGAAGUGAAAGAAAAUGUCAGUCCGAUUACAGUACAAACUAUAUUGGAUUUAACAAACCUGGAAAUUAAGCAAACGGAGCAACCUUUACCCAAGAGGAAACAAACUAAAGCCUUGUUCAGACCCUGGUUGGAGGACAGCGAUAAGAAAGUGGAAACUACAUCAACUCCCUUAAAUGUCAUCAACAACAAUAUCCGGCCGCAACAACCUCAACUACAUAAUACCAAAUUAGAACAACAGAAACGCAAGCGCAACCAUUUGGCUCCUUACAAUCAUCAGCACAAACAAUUGGCUCAACAGUUGCAUUUGCAACAACUACAACAAUAUAACGCCUAUCAAUAUUAUCAAGCUGCUGUAAUGCAACAGAAUGUUGCUCAAGCUCUGUAUUUAAGGCAUUUACAACAGUUGUCUUUACAGCGUCAAGGACAAUUAUUUGUUUUUGGUCAACAAUAA